AUGUUUCUCAAAGUGUGCAUCGGUGUGAUUCUGGCUUUGACCGUCUUCCCAGUUGACGGGGAAAAGAACGACUUGAACGACAUUUCGAUCAGCUGUACAGCCAAUGGAACGAUAAUCUUGCAAACAACUCUCGAUCUUGACCACAAAUAUGAAAUCAACUCAUCUAAAAGCAAAAUCACCGCCAAAGGGAAGCUCUAUGGAACCGGAACGAUCACGAUUUCAACUCCCACUUCGCUUAGCUUGGGUAACAAGAAUAUCUUCACCGUCAAACUCAAGGGAUCAUCUGAUGAUUUCGUUCGUGAUGUGAAACGCCCGAAGGCAAGCGCUGAAGAAGCGUAUGUCUGGAACUGGGGAACGGCAGACAUCCAAAAACGGAAUGAGCUCAUGUCAGGAGCACUUGUUGUCGGAGCAUGCAUCAUUAUCGUGAUGGGAUUAAUCAUUAGCCUUUGCAUUGCAUGUGUUUGUUGU